UCUGUCUGCGACUGUUGCUGUUUGGCAGCUAUGACAACAGACUUUUGAGAAGUUGGAUGAAUGGCUUCCAUGAAGAAGAAGCUUUCCUCCUCCACCACCACCGCAGUGCAGCACAAGUCUCUGAAAUGUACCGUGUGGCUGGACAUUCAGACAGUCACAUGUCCAGGAUUGCUCCUGACUAAAAACAACGAUGUCUACCUCAGUGUUUGUGUCAUGGGCCAGUACAGGAAGACUCCCUGUGUGCCGCCUGUGUUCCCUUUACGCUUCCAUCAUAAAAUGUGUUUUGUCAAGACUUUCCCUGGCGCUGUUGACCCUGCUGAUGUAGCUGACCUCCUGGAAGCUGACACAACAUCUUUUGAGCUGAUUCAGUUGGUGCCUCCAGAAGGUGAAGUCCUAGCCACAAUGGAGGACAGCAGCAGAGAUUUCCUGUAUCCUGGUCCCAGACUGAGUUCCAGAGAAGACGCUACAGAGAGAGAGAUACUAAUGAAGAGAUCAUCCUCCUUUCCCGGAAUUUCCCCCAAAGUGGAGUUUGCCACAACAUCAGUCAUAGAAGAGAGUGAUGGGAGGGACAGCUUGCCAGCCUCACCUACUUGCUGUCUCUCUCCAGUGAAGCCAUCUUUAACCCCAUCCAGACAGAGAUCAGCAAAAAAGUCUUCACCCUCCUGUGUGAAUUUUUCCAAAAGAGAUGAUGCAAACCAUGAUUCCUUGAAAGGUGGGAAGGAAAGGUUAAAAGUUGAUGCUAGAAUUACAAACUCUGCACCAGCCUCAACAUCCAGACACUCCCCUUCUCCAUCCACAUCUGGUCGAAGUCCCCAAAAAGACAAGAAGGAAAGAAAACGCUCUGCAAGAGUUUUUGUAAACUCUGGCUACCACCAGCCCACAGUUUCCUCAAGGACACGAGCCUUGUCCCCUUACACCCACCGCAAGAUGUGCCAGCUUUCAGAGGACACCAGGCAAAGGCUCGGCCAUCUCCAGCUGGGGCCUCACCACUUCAGGAAGGAGACUGAGAGCCAGCCGCCCUUCUCGGUCCCUCGUUGCAGUAGUGCCUCUGUGAUGGGAACUCCUUCCUCGGCUCCACAGAAUGGUCGUAUCCAUCGACACUCAGUCAGCUUCACAUGUGAUCACACAGAUUCUUCUCUCCAAGGGAGUUAUAGACCAAGAGCAGUCACAGGGAAAUCAGCUUCUGUGAGGGCCAAGUUGUCUCCAGAGACAAAGGCCAGACUUGAAGCCAAGACCAAAAGCCAUGGGAGAGGUGCUGUCUUAGCUCAGUACACAAUGACCGGGUCAAACUCCAGAAGCCCUCUGGACCUCAGCCAUUCCCUCAGAGAAAGGCUCCAGCCCAGUCCAUCCUACUGCGAGCAGAUCCACAGCAGAGUCGAAAGGAUUCUGCAGACACACAAAACCACCUGGGACAACCAGGUGACCUUGGACCUCUAACUCCCCAUCUGCUGAUUCUUAAGAUAACAAUUUUAUCAGUCAGUGAGUCAAAACAUCUCUCACACACACACACACAGAUGUAUCUUAAUUUAUCUCCCUUUGACGUUCCAUUUAAGAUUCAAACCUUCCCAAGCACCUGCUGAGCUGUUUGUCGUUUUUUCUCUGAAAAGGCAGUCAAUUUGCAGGGGUUACAUUCAAAAGCAUAGCAGCACAGCUUCCCUCCCACCCAUCAGCUGGGUUGUUUUUUUAUUUUUAUUUAAAUGUUCCAAUGGUAAAACCAAACGGAGAGGUCUUCUAUUUCUAAAGCGGUGUGUGAAAUUGGCUGCUGUAUAAAGAAACAGAAUUUAGUGUGUGUGUUGAGGAGACAUGGUGGAUUUAAGCUGCAGCCGUUAAGAGCUCAUCUCUCGUGGCACAAAAGAGCGAUAAGAAGGUAGCCAAGAGCCACAGUUGGGAGCCAGCCGCUACAAGACACGAAGAGAUUUAAGAGAGGAGGAACAAAAGUAAUCCUGAAUGAAAGAGCAGGAGACACAAAGAGAUUUAGCCUCAACAUAAAUGAAGAUCCAUAGUGCACAUUUGUCUUUGACAUUGAAACCGUGUUCAAUUCAACCAUAGGAGCUGAAUUAUUUAUUUUAUCAGUGCUAAUCAAAUGAAAUGCAGCAUUCUUAUUUGCCCUUUUUACAGCUACCUGUAUACUCAGAUUAAUAAUUCAAUUCUGAAGGACACUGAAUAUAGAAAACGUAUUCCAUUUUACAGGAGGGAUACAUUUUCAUUCACUGAAAGGAUUGUGAUAAAUCUAUCUAGCUACUUAAAGGCAGCGAUGAGAAACUAGGAGAAAACUAGAUUUAAAGGAUUAUCCAACCAAAAACUCCAGCCCAGUUUUGCCAACUCUUUGCCAAUUAAAGUAGCUAGCAGCUACUAAGAUACCAAAAUGUUUUUGAAUAAGUUUACCCACCCUGCCUUCGGUUAUUAAUUCAUAUGAAGUCAUGUCUGACUGUGCUAAACUUAUUGUGACCAAUGCCAUCUACAGUUCAUCCUC